AUGACUUCCACAUCAAUGGAUAAGGGUUAUCUUUGGAAGGCAUUUGUUGCUGGUUCGUUGAGUGGUUGCUGCUCCACAAUUUUAUUUCAACCGUUAGAUUUGGUCAAAACUAGGCAACAGGCUCCACUCGUAGCUUGCAACAAUACUGGUGUGCUUCAAGUAUUUACCACGGUCGUACGUAAAGAAAAAUUGGCUGGUUUAUGGAAAGGAGUAGCACCGUCAUUAUCGCGGACCGUCCCUGGUGUUGGUAUAUAUUUUUGCUCUUUAUCAUUUCUGCGUUCUCAUUUCAAGAAUGACCCUACGCCGAUGCAAACAGUUUGUCUAGGAGCUACUGCGAGGUCUGUUGCGGUUGUACAAACUUUACCCAUAACGGUUGUGAAGACACGAUAUGAGUCUGGUCGGUACGGCUACAAGAGCGUUGCUGACGCCCUUAAAGGUAUUUGGCGUACUGAAGGAGCAAGAGGGUUAUACAGUGGACUAACAGCAACUAUAGUUCGUGAUGCGCCAUUUUCUGGUCUUUACUUGAUGUUUUUUACUCAGAGUAAGAAGUAUUUGAAUGGAGUUACAAAUGAUGUUCCUCAAGCUGGUAUAACUUUUGCUUCCGGUGUUGUUGGUGGCAUACUUGCUUCUGUGGUAACUCAUCCACCCGAUGUAGUCAAAACAAAAUUACAAAUUGAUCCCAAGUCUUAUAGAAAUACAAUAUCGACUAUCGCCGCCAUCUAUAAAAGUAAUGGUAUCUCUGGUUUCUUUAGAGGUUUAGCAUUACGUUUAACUAGGCGAACUUUAAUGGCUGCCAUGGCUUGGACAGUUUAUGAACAGAUAUUCCGUGUGGUCAACUUGAAGAAAUAA